AAAGCCGUCUAAUUAAUUAACUAAUACUCCUACCCUGUUGUUAUUGUCUCUAUUUUUUUUUUUUUUUUGUUUUGGGUAAAAUUGAAAUUAAAAUAGCAAGAGUAGAAGCAGCACAGCAUAACCUCACUUUCUCUCUCUAACCUCUAUCCAUUUGGCUUCUGUUUUGAGCUGUUGGCAUGCCUCCACCCAAUUCCCCAAAAAUACAAAGGGUACUCAAACUAAAACCAAAAGACAAAGCAAGAAAAUUAUAGAGAGAGAACAGAGUCAUCGAUCCUCUUUCACUCUUCUUCCCCUCUCCGCUCUUAAUAGUAAUGCGCACCUGAGAGAGAGAGAGAGAGAGAGAGAGUCCUCAGUUCUCGCCGGAAAUGCAUUGAUUGCGGAACCUACUUCCAAAGCAGCAGAAAAUGCGCCAACAACUUCUGUGUGAUGAUCAAAACCAAAGCGACGUCAAGAACAAAACCUCCGACGCAGAGAAGGCAUCUCAGCCUCCGCCGGUGGUGGUAACCGGGCGUAGCCGGUCACAAGGCGGAAGCCGAAGAGUGACGCCAGCGGAAGAAGCUGAUAGGACCGCAGAGAAGCUCUUACCCAACGGUGAUAUUUACAUGGGGAGCUUCUCGGGUAGCGUACCCAACGGAUCGGGGAAGUACCUGUGGAAGGAUGGGUGCAUGUACGAGGGUGAUUGGAAGAAAGGAAAAGCUUCUGGAAAAGGCAAGUUCUCGUGGCCUUCGGGUGCUACCUACGAGGGCGAUUUCAAAUCGGGUCGAAUGGAGGGAUUCGGAACCUUCACCGGAUCCGAUGGCGACACUUACCGCGGCUCAUGGAGCUCAGACAGGAAACACGGAUACGGGCAGAAGCAUUACGCCAACGGGGAUUUCUACGAGGGGCCGUGGAAGCGGAACUUGCAGGAGGGGAAGGGGAGGUACGUGUGGAAGAACGGGAACGAGUACGUUGGGGAUUGGAAGAACGGUGUUAUUUGUGGGAAGGGUGAGCUUGUUUGGGCGAAUGGGAAUCGGUACGAGGGGCAAUGGGAGAAUGGGGUUCCUAAGGGUCAAGGGGUUUUCACUUGGCCUGAUGGGAGUUCCUACGUUGGGUGCUGGAACAAGGACCUUAAGAUGCACCUUCUCAAUGGAACUUUCUACCCUAAGAAUGGCUCUCUCUUGGGUGGUGAUGAUUUCACUGUCACAAUGAGGAAGAGGUCUUCUGUGGACAGUGCUAGAGGGAGCGUCGCAGAGAAGAGUUUUCCCAAGAUUUGUAUAUGGGAAUCGGAGGGAGAAGCGGGUGAUAUAACUUGUGAUAUAAUCGAUAAUGUGUCGUUGUUGUAUAGGGAUGGAAUUGGGAGCGGGUCAGAUCGGAAAGAGGUUAAGCAGUUUCACCGGAACCCUUGUUUUUCCGGUGAGGUGAAGAGGCCGGGACAAACUAUAUCUAAGGGCCAUAAGAAUUAUGAGCUCAUGCUUAAUCUGCAACUGGGUAUAAGGUACUCUGUUGGGAAGGAAGCUUCCAUAGCGCGAGAGCUUAAGCCUGGUGAUUUUGAUCCCAAGGAGAAGUUUUGGACAAGGUUCCCCGCUGAAGGAUCCAAGAUUACGCCACCACAUCAGUCAGUGGAGUUUCGCUGGAAGGACUACUGCCCUAUGGUUUUUAGACAAUUGAGGAAGCUAUUUCAGGUAGAUCCUGCUGAUUACAUGUUAGCUAUAUGUGGGAAUGAUGCCCUCAGGGAGCUUUCGUCUCCCGGGAAAAGUGGAAGCUUCUUCUACUUGACCCAAGAUGACAGAUUUAUGAUAAAGACGGUGAAGAAAUCCGAAGUCAAGGUGCUUCUUCGGAUGCUUCGUAGUUAUUACCAGCAUGUUUCUCAGUAUGAGAAUUCACUUGUGACAAAAUUCUACGGGGUACACUGUGUCAAACCAGUUGGAGGCCAAAAGACUCGGUUCAUUGUCAUGGGAAAUCUUUUCUGCUCAGAAUAUCCAAUCCAUAGACGAUUUGACUUGAAAGGAUCUUCACAUGGCCGUACAACAGAUAAGACCGCAGAAGAAAUUGAUGAAACUACAACCCUUAAGGACCUGGAUCUCAAUUUUGUGUUUCGCCUGCAAAGAAAUUGGUUCAAGGAUCUCAUCAAACAGAUUGAGCGGGAUUGUGAGUUCUUGGAAGCUGAAGGAAUUAUGGAUUACAGUCUUUUAGUUGGCCUUCAUUUUCGUGAUGAUUAUACGUAUGACAAAAUGGGAUUGUCGCCGUUUCUUUUGCGUAAUGGAAAGCACGAUUCCUAUCAGAGUGAGAAGUUCAUGCGCUGUUAUCGCUUCCUUGAAGCUGAGCUACAGGAUAGGGAUCGAGUUAAAUCUGGCCAGAAAUCGUUGAUUAGAUUAGGUGCCAAUAUGCCUGCGAGAGCCGAGCGCAUGGUUCGAAGGAGUGACUUUGAUCAAUACACAACUGUUGGAAUCAGCCAUUUGACCCCUUAUCGCACUGGGGAGACAUACGAUGUUGUUUUAUAUUUCGGGAUUAUCGACAUUUUGCAAGAUUAUGAUAUCAGUAAGAAAUUGGAGCAUGCUUACAAGUCCUUACAGGUUGACCCUUCAUCAAUCUCUGCUGUUGAUCCAAAGCUGUACUCGAAAAGGUUCCGGGAUUUUGUGGGUAGAAUAUUUAUUGAAGACCGGUAGCUGUAAGUAAAAACAAGGCUGAAAUAUUGUCAUGAAUCAUGAUGAUUAAGGAUAUUGAUCUGAAUAUUCAGAGAAAAUAGCCGAAAGUUGAAUCCAUUGGUGGAGUGCUUGCAGUUGACUGUUUGAUUCACGGCCCACUGUUUCUGUGGCUAUGACGGAGAGAGCUCACCUGAAUGCAGGUUGUUUUUGUGGCUGAAUUUUGAAGAUACAGCCAUGAUAAUGAAGGCAGGGAGAUCUUUGUACAUGGAGGUUUAUGGUGGAAAUGAUCUCUGUCUUUUUCUCUUGUUUUUCCCUUGAUGAGGGUGGGGUUUGUGGAUUUUUUGUGGUCAGCAAAUAGGAUAUGAAUAUGAUGUGAAAAAGGAUAGAUCGAAGAGUCAUGAAAAUGUUUCCCUGAUAUUGGAUUCAAAAUGCGUGGAUGGUUUGGUAAUAAAGUGUACAGUUCAUAUACAAAGGAUAGAUGGCGGAAUUUUUUUUAAAAAAGGGUAAUUUCUUGUAUAGUUUGAGAUAUUUUGUGUCAAGGAUGUGAAAUGGAGGGGGGCCCAAUGGCUCGUUGGGAUUUCUCACCUCUCCCACACGACCCUAGUAUAAUAGAGUUCCAUUAUUUAAACAUCAAAACAUUAAAUUAAUACUAUUGUAUAUGAUAUUAUUUUU